AUGGGCCGUCACGAAAGCGCAAGCCACCAUAAUGAGCUCGAACAAGCGCCAUUCCACCCCCAGCCAUCCUCGGGCUUUGCCAAUUUCAACUCUACAGCUCUAAACGCUGCCCCUCUCCUGCUCUCAGCUCUCAAUACUCCCAAGAAAGCUCCUACGUAUGACCCAUCGCAAUGGUACUCUCAGGGAUCUUCCAAUCGCACGCCGGUACAUCAUUUGGCCACUCAGGAAGUCGACAUGGACAGCCCUGCAAGACCGGUGCCGUCUGCGCCUGGGCCUGAUGAAGAUGAUGGCGAAGGGAAGCAGUAUGAAGAGGAGCACGAGGAGAAGAAGCCGAGAAAGUUUGCCAAGGGUGCUGUCUCGAGGACCAACAAGAAGAGGCAGCAAGCCAAGAAGGAGCGGGGCGGCGUCAAUGAAAAGGGGCUCCUGCGGCAUAGUGACUCGGCCGCGCCAGCGUUCUCGAAAUCAGAACACCACUACAACGUGCAUAUGCAGCCUUCCGCCUUGAGGCAUAGUGAGAUCCCAGCGCUCUUGUUAGGAUACCUUCAGUUCUUUGUGAAUGCGUGUAUUGUGCUGUUUUGCAUCUACCUCGCGGUGCUCUUUGUGCUGGCCGUGAGGAGCGACGUCAAGAACAAGAUGAACGAGUAUUCUGUCGAGAUAUUACAGGAGAUUGCCGAGUGUACCAACAUGUACUUGACCAACAUGUGUGGCUCGGCUCAUCGUGUGCCUCAUAUGGAUGCGCCUUGUCGCGCUUGGGAUGCCUGUAUGAACCGCGACCCCACAGUCAUGGGCCGAAUCAACAUCAUCGCCGAAGUGUUUGCAGGCGUCAUCAACAGCUUUGUCGAACCCAUCAGCUGGAAAACAAUGAGCUUUACCGUUGUGACCCUCACCUUCCUCGUCAUCCUUACCAACUCUGCAUUGUUCAACCUCCGGGCUCGCGCAUCGCACAACGACACGCCCCCGCCCGUUGCGCCGUUCUGGCCGCCGCACGGGCAGUUUAUGCCGCAACUUCCGUCCAACAUGCCUCAAGGGCCAGGAUACCAGCAUGAUAUAAGCGGCAUGGAUGCACGGAUUGGGGGAGUCGGAGGUCCACACGGAGCGCAGGAGGAGGCAAAGCAGAUCGGGUGGACGGAGAAGAAGAAAGGGUGGUGGUGA